AGGAUACUCAUUUGGAUUCUGAGAGAGGGCCUUCGAGGAGCAUGAAAAGAAGCACGUACAAAGGAAAAUGUCGGAAUCAUUAAAAAACCAGUAUAAAACAGCUGUGCAGCAAGACAUUGCCGAUUCUGCUAAAGGAGUAAUGAGAAGACCAAAUAACGUUGGUCACUAUCAAAGGCUCUUUCAGAAAAAUGAUGGAAUGCCUGUAUUUUUGAAAACAAAGUCAGAUGCUUUCAUCUACAGAAACAUGAUGAGGCUAUCUGUUAUCGGAAUUGGUAUUUCAGCUGUGGCUUUUGGCAUGAUGGCUGCUGGCAAGUUUAAAAAGCAAUAGUGAAUGCGUGGAUAAACUAUUGCACUUAGAUGUUUUGAAUUUAGCCAUCUUAAACAAGGACAUGUUAUCUGAUACACCCUUUCAAAAUUUGUAAUGGUUUUAAUUCUGUAACGUUAGUUGUUCAGGUUGCCAUGUUAAGAGUAUUAUCUAUUUCAAUGAAACUGUCUGUCUUUGGUUAAAUAACAUGCAUUGUGAUUCCAAAUUUUGUGCAA